UCUUCGGGCUCCAGGAAACAAGCUCCAACCCAUUGCACACACCGGAGAGAAGGGGUUUCCCCCUGCCCGCCCGCCCGCCCCCCAACUACCUCCCUGCUCCUGCCAGUGUCUGCUCUCUGCCCCCACGGGGGUUUAUUUGAUCUCACAUUAACCAAGGAGGAGAAUGUGAGAAAAGGGGGAAAAUGCCCAGGAGGAAGCAGGAGCAGCCCAAGCGCCUUCCCUCACAUGUUAGUAGGCAGGAAGAGGCGGAGGCGGAGCUCAGUGAAGGGGAACACUGGUAUGGAAACUCUUCUGAGACCCCGUCAGAAGCAUCCUAUGGAGAGGUUCAGGAGAACUAUAAGCUGUCUCUGGAGGACCGGAUCCAGGAGCAGUCUACUUCCCCCGACACCUCCUUGGGAAGUGCGACUCCCAGCAGCCACACACUGGAGCUGGUGGCCCUCGAUGGUGACAGUCUGCGAGACUCCCUGCAGUGUCAAGACCACCUUUCCCCGGGAGUAUCUUCUUUGUGUGAAGAUGACCCGCCAGGUUCCAAUAAACCCCUGAGCAGCAACCUGAGGCGGCUGCUGGAGGCUGGUUCCCUCAAACUUGACGCCACAGCCACUGCCAAUGGCAGAGUGGAGUCUCCUGUGAACGCUGGCUCCAAUCUCUCCUUUUCCCCGCCCUCCCACCAUGCCCAGCAGCUCAGUGUUCUGGCCAGGAAGUUGGCUGAGAAGCAGGAACAGAAUGACCAGUACACUCCAAGUAACCGUUUUAUAUGGAACCAAGGUAAGUGGCUGCCGAACUCAUCCACCACGUGUGGCUUGUCCCCGGAUUCAGCCAUUCUCAAACUGAAAGCUGCAGCCAAUGCCGUUCUGCAGGACAAAUCUCUCACCCGGACGGAGGAGACCAUGAGAUUUGAAUCCUUUUCCUCCCCCUUUAGCUCCCAGUCUGCCAGUUCUACCUUGGCAGCUCUGUCCAAGAAAGUCAGUGAGAGAAGUUUGACUCCUGGUCAGGAGCAUCCCCCUCCGGCCAGCUCCUUCCUGUCAUUGGCUUCCAUGACCUCCUCGGCUGCCCUUCUGAAGGAGGUAGCAGCUAGGGCCGCCGGCAAUCUCUUGGCUGAGAAGUCAUCAUUACUGCCCGAGGACCCUCUGCCACCGCCAUCUUCUGAGAAGAAGCCAGAAAAAGUAACCCCACCACCUCCACCACCACCUCCUCCUCCUCCACCGCCACCACCACAGUCCUUGGAAUUAUUGUUACUCCCAGUUCCCAAGGGAAGAGUCUCAAAACCCUCGAAUUCAGCCUCAGAAGAGGAGAGUGGAAAGCCUUUCCAGUGUCCAAUAUGUGGUUUGGUUAUAAAAAGGAAGAGUUACUGGAAGCGGCACAUGGUGAUUCACACAGGUUUAAAAAGUCAUCAGUGUCCACUCUGUCCAUUCCGGUGUGCUCGCAAGGACAAUCUCAAAUCCCACAUGAAGGUUCAUCAGCAUCAGGACCGGGGAGAGACCUUCCAGUGCCAGCUCUGCCCUUUCACUUCCUCACGCCACUUCAGCCUGAAACUCCACAUGCGUUGCCAUCAGCACUUCCUGAGGACAGAAGCCAAGGUGAAGGAGGAGAUCCCAGACCCAGAUGUCAAGGGAUCUCCCCACCUCAGUGACAGUGGCUGCCUGGGGCAGCAAAGGGAAGGAGGAGGGACAGAGCUAGUGGGGACCGUGAUGACGUCUAACACUCCAGAGAGGACUAGCCAGGGUGGGGCUGGCGUCUCGCCUUUGCUGGUGAAGGAGGAACCCAAGGAAGAUAACGGCCUGCCCACCUCCUUUACCCUGAACGCUGCCGACAGGCCCGCCAACCACACAAAGCUGAAAGACCCCUCCGAAUAUGUGGCCAGCAGUGCGGCCGCUUUGUUCAGCCAGGACAUCUCUGUUAAGAUGGCGUCUGAUUUUCUCAUGAAGCUGUCAGCUGCAAAUCAGAAGGAGCCCAUGAAUCUUAAUUUUAGAGUGAAAGAGGAGCCCAAGGAAGAGGAAGCCCUAAGCACGACCUUGCCUCGGCCCAGCUACGUGUUCAGCCCAGAACCCGAAGCAGCAGCACCGAGCAUCUCUGAGGACACGCUGAAGCCGCAGGAAGGGAAGGGGAAUAUACUAAGGCGGGACAUGUCAGUCAAAGCUGCAUCUGAACUUCUCAUGAAGCUCUCAGCGGAGAGCUACAAGGAGACACAGAUGGUGAAGAUUAAAGAGGAGCCCAUGGAAGUUGACAUCCAGGACUCACAUGUCUCCAUGUCACCCAACCGGAAUGUUGGCUACAGCACUUUAAUAGGGCGUGAGAAAACCGAACCCUUACAGAAGAUGCCGGAGGGCAGAGUCCUCCCGGAAAGAAACCUCUUCAGUCAGGACAUCUCUGUGAAGAUGGCUUCCGAGCUUCUCUUUCAACUGUCGGAGAAAGUGAGCAAAGAGCACAAUCACACGAAAGAAAACACCAUCCGGACAACCACCAGCCCUUUCUUUUCAGAAGACACCUUUAGACAAUCACCAUUCACCUCCAACUCAAAAGAUCUGCUGCCCAGUGAGUCUGUGCUCCACGGAAGAAUAUCCACUCCAGAAACGGAAAAGAUAGUCCUAGAGGCAGGAAACGGAUUGCCUUCCUGGAAAUUCAAUGACCAGCUCUUCCCCUGCGAUGUGUGUGGGAAAGUGUUUGGCAGGCAGCAGACGUUGUCCCGACACCUGUCCCUGCACACAGAGGAAAGAAAAUACAAAUGCCACUUGUGCCCCUACGCUGCUAAGUGCCGUGCGAACCUGAACCAGCACUUGACCGUCCAUUCUGUGAAGCUGGUGAGUACAGACACUGAGGACAUUGUCAGCGCUGUCACCUCUGAAGGCAGUGACGGGAAGAAGCACCCUUACUAUUACAGUUGUCACGUGUGUGGAUUUGAGACCGAGCUCAAUGUGCAGUUUGUCAGCCACAUGUCCCUCCACGUGGACAAGGAGCAGUGGAUGUUUUCCAUCUGCUGCACUGCCUGCGACUUCAUCACCAUGGAGGAGGCGGAGAUAAAGGCUCACAUUGGCAGCAAGCACACAGGGGAAGACAGGAAGCCCCGCAGCGAGUCAAAUAGCCCUUCUUCCUCCUCCCUCUCAGCCCUGAGUGAUUCCGCCAACAGCAAAGACGAUUCAGAUAGCUCCCAGAAAAGCAAGGGAGGGAACAACCUGCUGGUCAUUUCAGUCAUGCCUGGGAGCCAGCCCACAGUGAACAACGAGGAGAAGCCAGAGAAAGGGUUCGAAUGUGUUUUUUGCAACUUUGUCUGCAAGACGAAGAACAUGUUUGAGCGCCACCUGCAGAUACACCUCAUCACAAGGAUGUUUGAGUGUGACGUGUGCCACAAGUUUAUGAAGACCCCGGAACAGCUGCUGGAGCAUAAGAAAUGCCACACUGUCCCCACCGGUGGGCUCAACUCAGGACAGUGGUGAGUUUCAGACUCCUCUAGGUGCCCAUUCUGCAUUUAUUCCACCAACCGCCCCGCCGCCAUGGAGUGCCACCUCAAGACCCACUACAAGAUGGAGUACAAGUGCCGGAUCUGCCAGACGGUGAAGGCCAACCAGCUGGAGCUGGAGACGCACACACGGGAACACCGCCUGGGCAACCACUACAAAUGUGACCAGUGCGGCUACCUGUCCAAGACCGCCAACAAGCUCAUCGAGCACGUGCGUGUCCACACCGGGGAGCGGCCCUUCCACUGUGACCAGUGCAGCUACAGCUGCAAGCGCAAGGACAAUCUCAACCUGCACAAGAAGCUGAAGCACGCCCCACGCCAGACCUUCAGCUGCGAAGAGUGCCUGUUCAAGACCACACACCCUUUCGUCUUUAGCCGCCACGUCAAGAAGCACCAGAGUGGAGACUGCCCUGAGGAGGACAGGAAGGGCCCAUGUCCAGCCCCCAAGGAACCGGCCGGCCCCGGGACCCCGCUCCUGGUUGUGGGAAGCUCCCGGAAUCUCCUGUCUCCUCUGUCGGUCAUGUCAGCCUCACAGGCUCUGCAGACUGUGGCCCUGUCUGCCUCCCACGGCAGCGGCUCAGAGCCCAACCUGGCACUCAAGGCCCUGGCCUUCAACGGCUCCCCUCUGCGCUUCAACAAGUACCGGAACUCGGAUUUUGCCCAUCUCAUUCCCUUGACAAUGUUGUACCCCAAGAGCCACUUGGAUCUCACAUUCCGCCCUCCCCGACCUCAGACUGCACCCCCCAGCAUCCCCUCACCCAAACACUCCUUCCUUGCCUAUCUCGGACUAAGAGAGAGAGCAGAGACUGUCUGAGGGCAGCGAUGUUCUGUACCAAAAACAGAGACAAGGACAGUAAAUUUAAAAAAAAAAAAAAAAAAAACCCACAAAACUUAAAACACAACCCCAGCAGGUGUAUGUUGCUGCAAAACCUACAGACCCUUGGGGUCUAAACCACGUGUACUGUAUAUCUUUAGUAAGGAAUAGAGAAUUGGCUCUGUGUGUAUACCUAUUGCAUUGACCUGAAAGCUGCUUUAUCCAAUCUUCAGAGAGGUGACCUACCGCGUACUCUACCUGCAGAGGCAUGCCUCCCCACCACCCGCUCCCACUCUCAGCCUUCCUCCAUCCUUUGCUCCUCAAGGAAUUCUGUCUUGUUAAAUCCUGAAGAGAGUGUCCUUAAUAGCAAUCAGCACUUGUAAGCUUCUAUCCUGGCGCAUUUGGUUUUCUGUUGGGUGAAUGGAGUGUGAACGAGAAAGCCGUGUGUCGUGUGCCAUGACAUUUCUAUUGCACAUUCUUUGUACUGGCCUCUUUUAAAGCGGUGAGCGUUCUUUUCCCCUUCUGGGUUGUUCAUCCCACUGCAGUCUCUCCUUGAGCUCCUCCACCACCUGUCCCUCUCUGCUUCACGGCUACAGAGUGGUAGGGCCUGGUGCCUGGUAGACAUCUGCCGUGCUGUGGAGCUGUGCGGCUUGAGCUCAGAUCUUCUCUGGUUAGGAAGAUGCGAGGAAUCCAGUGACUAGCCCGCAUGAGGUAUCUCGCAGCCCUGCAGCUAACAUCACAAAACUUACGUGUUUUCUGUGUGUGCCCAUUCAGAUGCAAUGUGUGUGGAGCACACGCACAGUGCAUCAUUUAAGGGCAGAUGAUAUAUAUAUAUAUAAGAUGUAUCAAUUCAGUGGUUAUCAUUUGUUUGCAGGAAAAAAAAUUGUAUGAGUGAUAAAUUUUAUGGUUGAUAAAUCCAGCCAAGGAGAUUAAAAGGGGUUUGGAUAAAUUCUGGGUAUAAAUACUCAGACUAAAAAAAAAAAAAAAAAAAAAAAAGACACGGCAGUUUUGCACAGUGUUUCGGUCUUGCACUAAUUUUUGUUUCUCAUUGGGAAAAAAAGUAAAAUAAAAGGAAGAAGAUGUACCUUUCUAUGGAACGAGUAGACUGUAUGUUUGAAACUUUAGCCACAACCUCUUUGACACAACAAAAAGGUGCUGUUUUGUCCUACGGUUCAGCUACACCCCUGCAAAGUCCCCGUUGUGUUUGCGGAUCCCCUGCUACAGCAGUAUCGCCAUGUCAUUAGUAAUUCUGUAUUCCAUUCUGUUAACGCCUGGUAGAUGUAACCUGCUAGGAGGCUAACUUUAUACUUAUUUAAUGCUCUUAUUUUGUGGUCAUUAAAAUGGCAAUUUCUGUGCGGCACUUUAUUGCAGUAGGAAGCAGGUGUGGAUCAGUUGCAUAGCCCUCCGCUCAUCUUUAAAAGUAAUGGAUAAUUGAAAAAGGAAAAAAAAAAAACCCUUUGGCUGAACUUGUUCAUUGCUUGAAUUUUUAAGACAACAGAAUUUCCAGGAUGAAAAAAGCUGAAAGAGCAGGAAGAAAUGUGCUUUGUGGAACAGUGGGAGGUUUGGACUACACAAGUUCGUUAUGUAUCUCCUGAAGAGCUGGUGUACCGGAAGCAAGCUUUCUUACGCGUUGCUCUUUUCCCACUGUGUUAUCCUAGAGUUGGGAUUUUUAAAAAUCUAUUUCACCAGGGGAAAAUAAAACCAUCCCUACUUUUCUUCCUCUAGUCAAUUUGCUUCACUAAAAGCCCCCUGGAAAUCACUAUAAUUCUGUCGGAAGUAUAGUUCUACCAGAAGUUAGAAGACUGUACCUCUGUCCACUCCAAGGUCUCCAUUUCCCCUCUGUACCAGCCCUCCUUCCCUGAUCCCAGCCGCUGGGCUGUACUUCUCUUUGCCAGGCAUCCAGCCAUGGAUGGGAACCCCGCGCCGUCCCCUGGCAGACCUGUUUACACUGCGGAGAUGUCCAUGGGGGCAAGGAGACCAACCAGUUAGGGCAGAAAGCUCCAAACCCUCAGUCAUUCUCUAGCAGAGACCUUUGCUCUUGGCCUUGUUUGAAAUGUUAUUCAGCUAUGUCAUUAUCUCGGUAAAAGACACUAUCAACAGUUAUGGACAAUACACUCCAAGAACAUUGGACGUGUGAAUGGGUUGGUUCUUUUUAAAGUCAUGUCUUUAUCCCCAUAUAAUGGAGAAUGUGCCACUUGGCUAAUAAUGUAUUUUCAAAACUACAAGUUCAGUGAUGAAAGGAAAGAGGGCCCUCGUGAUCCACUGAGGCUGAUGCACCAGCAGGUUAAAAACCUGCAAGGGCGGCCCUGACAGCAAAGGCUCGGGGCUUUAGAGCGUGCCGCGUGUGCAAUAGGAGGUCUAAGGAUGGAAACCUUCAGAGUGCAGGGGUGGUGGAAGGAGCCGUUGACUGCUCAAAUGCCAUGCAUUUCACUGCUUGCCACUGAACUUGUAUUUGAAUGACUUAGUAAUGCUUAAUCUAAUUGGGCAACUUUUUUAGCACUUUGGAAAGAGUCAUCGAUCUUUCUGGUAAAUUAUAAAAGUUUUCUGAGUGAGAAAGGUGUGUUUGCAGUUUGUUUGACUUUUUAUAUUAUUAUUGUUAUUAAUAAAGAAAAAUCUACAGCAUUUUUCAGACUCCACCUAGAUAAUAUAUACCCCUGAAUUUGGUUUGCAGUUUGAUACUCAGGGAAGGAUGUAGUCCAUAGAUAUCCUUUCCGUGUAAAACACUAACGUCUUUGAGAAAGUCACCUAUCAACUAACUUCAAUUGUUUUCACUAUGCAUCCUUCCAUGAAAGCUAGCUUAUUUUCCCAUAUAGUAAUGCAGUUAGGGUUCUCAGCACUUUCAUUUAUCUUUUUUUAACUCCUCCUAUUAUGUUCAGAUGAUCAUACUGUCAAGGUUUGUGUACAUUACUGAAAAUUUGUAUUGUAUAAAGCUUUUUGCAUUACAAGGCUGUACAGGGUCAUUUUGACAGUAACUGGUAUAUUCCUUUGCAUCUUAUGUUGCAUUGCCAAUUUCUAGUGUAUCCAGUUUGAAAGUAUAAUAUACUCUAAUUAAAAAAAAAAAAGGUUGGCUAUA